GAGAAGAGCUAUGUCUGAGUCUCAAACCGAAAUUGCGUCGUUCUUCCAGUAAAGAAACAGGCUGCAGCCAAGCCAAGCCAGGGACCAAUGAGUUUUGAAGAUGUGGCUGUGUAUUUCACGGAGGACCAGGGAGCCUUGCUGGGCCCAGAUCAGAGAGCGUUGUACAAAGAGGUCAUGAUGGAGAACUAUGCAAAUGUUUCUGCUUUGGAAGACAUGCCAGUCCCCAAACCUGAACUGAUCACUCAGCUGGAAGAAGGGGAAAAGCCAUGGGUACAAGAUUUGCAGGACUUGGAUGGAAUGAAGAACUCCAGCACCUACUCAGCAGGUGAAUACACAGGAGAGAAAUCCUAUAAAUGCUCGGAGUGCCAGAAAUGUUUCACUCAUAAAGCCCAUCUCAUGUCCCACAAGAAAGUCCACAGAAGAAAGAAAUCUUAUGAAUGUGAGGAAUGUGGGGAGUGUUUUCCUCAGAAAAUAAAUCUCGUUCGUCACCAGAAAGUCCAUGAGGGAGACGACCCUUGUCAGUGUUUGGAAUGUGGGAAGUUCUUCCCUUGGAAGUCAGAGCUCAAGAGGCACCAGAGAAUCCACACAGGAGAGAAACCUUAUAAAUGCUCAGAGUGCGGAAGUAGUUUUGCCUGGAAAUCCCAUCUUGUGAGGCACCGGGAACGCCACACAGGAGCCAAGCCAUUUAAAUGUAGGGAGUGUGGGAACACUUACACUCGGAGUGAAAAUCUCAUUAUCCAUGAAAGAACACAUACGGGUGAGAAACCGUAUAAAUGCUUGGAGUGUGGGAAGAGUUUUUUCCGAGCCGCGAUCUUUGCAAGACAUCAGAUGCACCACACAGGAGAGAAAUCAUAUCGCUGCUUACAGUGCGGAAAAUAUUUUGCACAUGGUCAUAGCCUAUCAGAGCACAAGAGACUGAGACAUAAGAAGAAGAACCAGGAGGAGAGUGGAAAGUGAUUUGCAUCUUCUUCAUCCUUGACAAGCCACAAAAGCAUCCAUGUUGGACAGGACUUUAUCUCUACAGAAUAUAUCAAGAAUCAUGUAGCUGCAAUAAUUCUGCUUGAUUAAGAGAGAAACUUCAGCAUAAAUCAGAACCAUGAAUGGAGAUUUUCACUCAUUGCUGGAUAUAGCUACUUAAAAGUGAAUGCAGCAGGAACUCAGCAACAUGAUAAAGCUUAAAGCUGGUGAAAUCUCAUUAACUUUACCAAUACUGGAGGUACAGCAGCCAAGGCAUUGGUCCUUAGUUUGAAGCUCUAGUGUCAAUUGCCACACUAAAAACUC